UGUUGGUGGCACAGCCUGUUGCUUGGUAACAUCGUGCGCUUCGACAGAGAUUGUUCCUCUUGCGACGGAAGCUUUUAGUUUUUUUUAAUCGUGAAGUUUGUUGUCGUCAUGUGAAGCGCAGAUGUUAAAGUGAGACCGAGCCAGAAUACAGCUGAAGAUGCCUGAGAGAGAAUCCUCCCAUAACAUCUCCCAUGCAGAGAAGACAUCCACCAUGGCCGUCUCUGCCGUCAGGAGUUGGUGGAACACCUACCAGUUGGACAAGUCCGACACCAAUAACUCCAGCACAGAGGAAGAUGAGGGGGAGUUGGCAGAGAGGAGGCAGUUGUCCACAAACCUCAAAAAGACGCUGCGGACGAGGCAGCUGCUCAUAGAUUUUGAUGGUGGCAGACCGGUUUUGAGUCUUAGGGCCCCGCAGGACCUGGUGAACUUUCCAUCAAUCUCCCGCCCCCAGUGGCCCAUAGAGUGUGAGGUCAUCAGCGACAUUAUCAAUCACAUAGAGUGGGAUCCACCAGAGCCAGAGGCCUUUUAUCAGCCCACAGGACAUGAGAGGACACCGAUGCUUGUUGGAGAAGAAAGAGGGAAAGUGGUUUACUGCAUUGACGAAGCCACUAAACGUCUCUAUUUCACCUGCUCCCGUGUGGGAGGGAGCAGGGGGCCCAUCAAGAGUGCCACCUCUUGUGACGUCAAUCAAACAGACUUCACCCUGGAGUUUGAGUCACGCUUUGAGAGCGGGAACCUCCAGAAAGCUGUGCAAGUGGGGGUGAAUGAGUAUGAGCUCACCCUGCGCACAGACAUGUACACGAGGAAGCACACGCAGUGGUUCUACUUCAGGGUCAGGAACAUGGAGGCUGGAGUCACCUACCGCUUCACUAUUGUCAACUUGAUGAAAAGCAGCAGCCUGUAUUCUCACGGUAUGAGACCACUCCUCUACUCUGAGAGGGCGGCCAAGGAGGAAGGUGUUGGAUGGCACCGCACCGGCUCCAACAUCAGAUACUAUCGAAACUGCAAUCAGAAUACAAAGGACAACAACAGCAACAUCAUCGUCCUUUACUCACUUACCUGGACUCUCCGGUUCCCUUAUGACUCAGACACCUGCUACCUGGCCCACUGCUACCCCUACACCUACUCACACCUGCAGCGCUACCUUCAGCAUGCUUCCUCCAAGCCAGCAGUCUCCUCGUACUGUAAAUUGCGGGUGCUGUGCCACAGCCUCGCUGGGAACGCUGUGUACGUGGUGAACAUAACAUCCCAAGGAGUUGGAAAGGUGAAGGGCAGGUCCAAGAAGGCUGUGGUGGUGACAGCCCGAGUGCACCCCGGAGAAACCAACGGGUCCUGGAUGAUGGAGGGGUUGCUGGACUUUCUGCUCGGGGACUCUGCAGACGCUCAGCUGCUCAGGGACACCUUUGUUUUUAAGGUGGUGCCGAUGCUGAACCCUGAUGGUGUGGUGGUGGGGAAUUACCGCUGCUCUCUGGCCGGCAGGGACCUCAACAGAAACUACAAGACACUGCUCAGGGAUUCUUUUCCCUGUGUGUGGCACACCCGCAACAUGGUGGAGAGGUUAAUGGCAGAGACAGAUGUAGCUCUUUACUGUGACUUUCAUGGACACAACCGCAAAAACAAUGUCUUCAUGUACGGCUGCAACAACCGAGGUGAUGGUUCUCUGAAGCUUCACGAAAGAGUUUUUCCUCUAAUGAUGAGCAAGAACGCCAGUAACAAGUUCUCCUUCAAGAGCUGUAAAUUCAAGGUGCAGAGGAGCAAAGAGGGAACAGGACGAAUCGCCAUGUGGAGACUUGGCAUCAGAAACAGCUACACUAUGGAGGCCACGUUUGGAGGCUCCACUCUGGGUGACAGGAGAGGGACACAUUUUACAACACGAGACCUGAAGUCCCUGGGCUUUUAUUUUUGUGACACCCUGCUGGACUUCUGUGACCCUGACCCAACGAAGACCAUGUACUGUCUGACGGAGCUGGCAGCGUUGUUGAGAAAGCAGGUCAGAGAGAGGCUGGGCAAAGAUUUAGGCACAGAUUGUAACAUCUCUGUGUCUGACCUAGAAACCAGCACCAGUGGAUCAAACAGUUCAGAUUCAGACGGACUCCCAGUUCAUUUACUGAACCAGCCACAAACUGUCCAUCCAGAGCAAACUCCCGUGAAGAAGAAGAAACAUUUAAGGAGUCGUAAAGAGAGGAACAGACAGCGACCAGACAGAGCGAAGAACGAUACACAGCCACAGGUCAUCAAAAAUACUGAGUCAGUUCUGCCUCACGGGGCCACAGUUAAAGAGAGCGUCACAGAGAGGCCUGUCGGACGACACCGGAGAAAAUGGCUGGUGAACAGUGUGAUGAAAAAAGCUGUGAUGCCUCCUCCCAACACUGGAGAGGUCAGUCAGGUGACUCUGUGGCAGGGCUGCGAACCUGUCAAGGACGAUGGUCUGCAAAACACGAGGGCUGCACAGUCACAUCACAGGGCAAAGGCGUGUCCUCAUCUCAGCACAUACACAGCAGCAUCACCUCACACAGAUGACCUUGGGAUGGAUACAGGACGGUGGCGAUGCUCCUCUCAGCUGUUGCACCUGAGCGCGUUGAUACCUUCACCGAAUCUCGCUCAUCUCAACCGGCGACAGCAUCACUACCCUCGACAAUCCUUUGUGUCCUACAAAGUCUACAGAGGGCUGCUGCCGUCCCUAAAAACAGCACACAGGUCUCCCUCAUCAACAUGCGUCAAGAUGGUUCCAGAUAUGAGUCCAACAAAGCGCCUGCUGUCAAGUCUCACCAAUGACAACAGACGGUUUGUUUAUGGAGCCAGAAGUUCUUUACGUGUUUCAGAAAGUUCCUCUGUGCUGGAGGAUUCCUUCAGCUCUCACACAGAUGUGACUACGAUCAAACGGCAGAACGAGGAACAGGAAGAUGACCCCCCACCAGUGGGGUUGUCUCUGCGGACAUGUGAACCAUUUGCAGAGCAGAACCAGAGCGUUAAGAGCCCUGACGUCCCGCUGAGAGAAACUGAAUCACACAGCAGUUUAUUUGGGUCUGUGAUGAGAACCACAGACCUGAGAGGGAAAAGACUGUGUAAAGAUGCUCAGGAGAACAAAGGGCAGUUGGAUGUUUUACCACCAGUGUCAAAGCCGUCAGACUUUAUGAAGAUGAAACAUCCACAGAGUGACACACUCAGUCGGCUGAGGGCUGAGGGCAUCAGACACCGUCACACUGAAAGAAAAAGUACAGCUCCACAAGAGGCGAUGGUCUCCAUCACCAGACCAUCACAGUCUGCACCACUGUAGGAUGCUCUAUUCUAAAAUCUGAGAACUACAGAUUCAGUUAUCUAUUAAAUCCACAAAGGAGAUUGUUUUAAUCUGCAAGUGUUUGUUUUUAAACAGGAAUAAGCAAAACCACAGGACAGAUUUCCACAAAACUUUGUGGAGGGAUGUGGUAUAAGUAAAAUUCUAGUGCAGAUCAGCGGUUCCUGGAUAUUUGUUUUCUACUUUCUUUAACAUUGCGAGAUUUUUUUGACAUUUUCACGGACAAUCCAACGUCAGUCUCUGUUUGGUAUUUAACUAUACCUGUAUUAGACUUUGAUAAAAGUGAAAUUAACACUAUAAAUGUAUUUUUUGGAUAUUG